AUGAGGAUAGUUCUAGUUGGAUGUGGAGGAACUGGAAUGGAGCUACUGAAGCUUUUGGGUGGAAGGGCGAGCAAGAUACUUGUGGUUGACCAUGACCGAAUUCAUCUGACAAAUCUCCACAGGCUUUUCAUGUUUACAAAGGAGGAUCAAGGGAAAUACAAGUCAGAGAAGGCAGCCGAGUUUAUAAACAAGCAGUAUGGAGGUAGAGCAAGCUUCCUAGUACGAAGGAUAGAGGAGGUUCCUAUCAAUGUUUUGAAUCAGUACGACGUGAUCUUUGGGGCUCUUGACAACAUCGAAGGAAGAAUGAACCUGAACCUGAUGUUCCGAAAAUCUGAGUGUAAACUUCUUAUCGACUGUGGAAUAAGUGGAUACAGGGCACAUGCAAAGGCAGUCUACAGAGGCUCUUCAUGUUUAUAUUGUAUCAGGGAGUUAUACAGAGAAGACGGCCCUGAGAUAUGUUCUUUGGGAUCUCUGCCAAAGAAGAUAACACCGGAAAACAGAGAGAAAACACUCCGGUCCUUGGUAGAGCUCAGGAGAGAGGAGCCGGGAAGUAGGGAGGAAAAGAUCAAGAAAAUAAUCAAUGAAUUCAAUGCUCUUGCAGAGGAGAAUCUGAAAGUAAAUGCAUUUGAUGUUGUUGGGAUGUUUGACGAGAUAAUUCCGAAUGUGUGUUUUAUUAACUCUGUGUGUGCAAGCUUGGCAUGCGGGUUGAUAGAUGCAACAAACCUGCACUACGACUUCAUAUUCUACAGCGGGGAGAAGAAUAUUACUUUGGAAAAGCUGAUUUUAGACAGAGACGAAAAAUGCAUUGUGUGCAACACGGAUGCUUAG